CAUUUCGCCGGUAUCAUUCGCCUGCGAUUCAGCCAGAGACGCUUCAUAAUCCUCUGCGCUGCAUAUGCUCUUCUAUCAUUAUAUCAACGGCAGCCACAUGCGCUUUUAAAAACCAAUGCAGCUUGGUCCAUUCUUUAGGUUUUUUCUUCAUGUAGACCCACUCUAGAACAUUAUUAUACAUGAUCCCUACGAGUAAUUUGUUACAUCUAUAGAUCUAUCCAUAGAGGGUCGUUUGAACGUUGUCGUUACUCGUCCAACAGCAUCAUUCCUUCUUCUAUCCACUGACUGAAACCAAACGCAGUUUGAAAGACUAAAGAAACAGCUACUGACGGCUCCAAAAUGGGGUAUGGACGGUCAGACAGUUACCGCGUGGCGACCACGCAGGACAAAGAUGAAAAGGAAUCUCCCAAAAAGAAGGCAGGGAAAGACCUGGAUGACCUCAAGAAGGAAGUACCAUUGACAGAGCAUAAGAUGUCGAUUGAAGAAGUAUGCAGAAAGUACAACACUGAUAUUGUACAGGGUCUGACUAAUGCUAGGGCAGCCGAGUACCUCAUUCGUGAUGGUCCCAAUGCUCUCACCCCGCCCCCUACUACCCCGGAGUGGGUUAAGUUCUGCCGACAGCUCUUCGGAGGGUUCUCCAUCCUGCUGUGGAUUGGAGCCAUCCUCUGCUUCCUGGCCUAUGCCAUCCAGGCCGCCACGGAGGACGAGCCUGCGGGAGACAACUUGUAUCUGGGCAUCGUGUUGUCUGCUGUGGUUAUCAUCACUGGCUGCUUCUCCUACUUCCAGGAGGCCAAGAGCUCUAAGAUCAUGGAGUCUUUCAAGAACAUGGUUCCCCAGCAAGCUUUAGUGAUCCGUGAAGGAGAGAAGCUCCAGAUUAAUGCUGAGGAGGUGGUGGGUGGAGAUCUGGUGGAGGUGAAGGGAGGUGACAGGAUCCCUGCUGACCUCAGGAUCAUUUCUGCCCAUGGCUGCAAGGUUGACAACUCCUCCCUUACCGGCGAAUCAGAGCCCCAGACCAGGUCACCUGACUGCACCCAUGAUAACCCUCUGGAAACCCGCAACAUCGCCUUCUUCUCCACCAACUGCGUUGAGGGUACUGCUCGUGGUAUUGUCGUAUGCACUGGUGACCGCACUGUAAUGGGCCGCAUUGCCACACUGACCUCUGGCCUUGAGACCGGCAAGACCCCUAUCGCCAAGGAGAUCGAGCACUUCAUCCAAAUCAUCACAGGCGUGGCCGUCUUCCUGGGCAUGUCCUUCUUCAUCCUGUCAAUCAUCCUGGGCUACUCCUGGCUGGAGGCCGUCAUCUUCCUCAUUGGAAUCAUUGUCGCCAAUGUGCCCGAAGGACUGCUGGCCACCGUCACUGUGUGUCUGACCCUCACGGCCAAGCGUAUGGCUCGUAAGAACUGUCUUGUGAAGAACCUGGAGGCUGUGGAGACUCUGGGUUCCACCUCCACCAUCUGCUCCGAUAAGACCGGCACUUUGACGCAGAACCGCAUGACUGUCGCCCACAUGUGGUUCGACAAUCAGAUUCACGAAGCUGACACCACCGAAGACCAGUCUGGUGCGUCGUUUGAUAAGAGCUCUGGGACGUGGUUGUCUCUGGCCCGUGUUGCGGCGCUCUGUAACAGAGCUGUGUUUAAGGCGGCUCAAGACUCUCUGCCAAUCCUGAAGCGUGAUGUGGCGGGCGAUGCUUCUGAGUCUGCCCUCCUUAAGUGCAUCGAGCUUUCCUGUGGAUCAGUCAAAGCCAUGAGGGACAAGAACAAGAAAGUGGCUGAAAUUCCAUUCAACUCCACCAACAAAUACCAGCUGUCAGUGCACGAGUCAGAUGAUGAGAGCAACAGCCACUACCUGCUGGUGAUGAAGGGGGCGCCAGAGCGCAUCCUGGACUGCUGCACCACCAUCAUGGUGCAGGGCAAAGAGCAACCCAUGGACGAGGAGUUGAAGGAGGCUUUCCAGAAUGCCUACCUGGAACUUGGAGGACUUGGAGAAAGAGUUCUGGGCUUCUGCCACGUGUUCCUGUCUGAAGACAAAUACCCCAAAGGAUUUGCCUUCGACACUGAUGACAUUAACUUUCAAACUGACAACUUGUGCUUUGUGGGCCUGAUGUCCAUGAUUGACCCUCCUCGAGCCGCCGUCCCCGACGCUGUGGGCAAAUGCCGCUCGGCUGGCAUCAAAGUCAUCAUGGUGACCGGUGACCAUCCAAUCACAGCCAAGGCCAUCGCCAAAGGUGUCGGCAUCAUCUCAGAGGGUAACGAGACAGUGGAAGACAUCGCCGCACGCCUUAACAUUCCUGUCAGCCAGGUCAACCCCAGGGAUGCUAAAGCCUGUGUGAUCCACGGGACUGAUCUAAAGGAUCUCAGUCAGGACCAGAUGGAUGAAGUGCUGAGGAAUCACACAGAGAUUGUGUUUGCCAGGACCUCUCCCCAACAGAAACUCAUCAUUGUGGAGGGAUGCCAGAGACAGGGUGCCAUUGUGGCUGUAACUGGUGAUGGAGUGAAUGAUUCUCCCGCUCUGAAGAAGGCUGACAUUGGCGUUGCUAUGGGCAUCUCUGGCUCAGACGUCUCCAAACAAGCUGCAGACAUGAUCCUGCUGGAUGACAACUUUGCAUCCAUUGUUACUGGAGUUGAGGAGGGUCGUCUGAUUUUUGAUAACCUGAAGAAGUCCAUCGCCUACACGUUGACCAGCAACAUCCCUGAGAUCACUCCCUUCUUGUUCUUCAUCAUAGUCAACAUUCCUCUGCCCCUGGGAACUAUCACUAUCCUCUGCAUUGACUUAGGCACUGACAUGGUUCCUGCAAUCUCAUUGGCUUAUGAAGCAGCAGAGAGUGACAUCAUGAAGCGCCAGCCUCGAAACCCCAGCAGGGACAAGCUGGUAAACGAACGUCUCAUCAGCAUCGCCUAUGGACAGAUCGGUAUGAUUCAGGCCCUGGGAGGAUUUUUCAGUUAUUUUGUGAUUCUGGCUGAGAAUGGCUUUCUUCCAAGUGUGCUUGUGGGCAUUCGAUUAAAUUGGGACGAUCGCUCUAACAAUGAUCUAGAGGACAGCUACGGACAGCAAUGGACAUAUGAGCAGAGGAAAAUUGUGGAGUUCACGUGCCACACCGCCUUCUUCGUCAGUAUCGUGGUUGUGCAGUGGGCCGAUGUGAUUAUCUGCAAGACUCGCCGCAACUCUGUGUUCCAGCAGGGCAUGAAGAAUAAAAUUCUGAUCUUCGGCCUGUUUGAGGAGACAGCUCUCGCUGCUUUCCUGUCUUACUGCCCCGGUAUGGAUGUGGCCCUUAGGAUGUACCCUCUGAAGCCCAGUUGGUGGUUUUGUGCGUUUCCAUACAGCUUCUUAAUCUUUGUUUACGAUGAGAUCCGAAAGCUCAUCCUGCGCCGAAACCCAGGAGGUUGGGUUGAAAAGGAGACAUACUACUGAAUUGUCAAAUACGUCCUCAUUCCCUCACUUUCUUUCUCUCUGUCUCUGUCUCCUGAAUCUAUCCAUCCCUCCUUUUACAAACCAACAAAGAACCAAGCAUAUUACAUUUCACAUCUCUUUUCCUCUACCGACAUUUUUUUAAAAUGAGAGGACCAACAACAAAGGAGGGGGAACAGAUCGUUGCAGUCGUUCUCUCCUCCCGUCUUUUUUUAGUUUCCACCCAAAGACUACAGCUCAGUCUGCCAGUAUCAUAGUUGUGAGGUGUGCUGAUCCUGAUAAAUACACUGUUAGCAUGUGCGCCUCUCAAAACCCGGCAGCUGCGUUAAGAUUCUGUCACGGCUAACAGGAACUCCUGUAUUAACACUGCCGUGCUAUUUCUCUGACUUUGAUCAAUCAUGUUUCUUCUCCGUUCCCUUUAUGACGAGAGUUUGGAUAACUGAGUUUUACGUCAUGAGUCCCCUCUGCUGGGGAAAAAGGGGAAAGACACCCUCACCACAUUGUUUCCUGUUGUGUUGUUGGAGAGCUGAUUUUAUUUUAUUUAAUAAUUCAUAACUUUUUUCGUUCAUUUUCUUCUACGUUAGAAAUGUGUCUGGGAGGUGCUUGUUUUCAUUUUUCUCAGACAUGACAAAGCACACUGCCACCCUCUCACUCUCUCUCUCUCUCUCUCUCUCUCUCUCUCUCUCUCUCUCUCCCAC